AUGCGAGGCGUGUGGUGGAGCGCAUUUGCGCUACUGCUGCUAGCGUUGGCGACCAGCGCCAUUCGAUCCGCGCAGGAAGAAGGCGCUACACGCAUAAACAGGCGACUUCCGAACUCCAGCAGAACUCCUGCUAGUACAAAUAAACCAGAAGAUGUAGAAUCAACACCCAGGAUGAAGCUCUCAAGGAGAGGCGAGCGGCAUGAACUAGUUACACCACGUGACAUUACCCGAACCAGGCAUAGAAGUAAGUCGUCUGAAACCACUACCCCAGGUGCACCAGACCUAUCUAAUAAUCAAUCUGAAAAAACAGAGCGCUUUGACUCAAGAAGAACAAAUAUUCGGACACGCAAUAGGCCAGUAGUGAACGAAGAAAAUUUUGAUACUACAAUAAACAGGGAUAAUCAAAUAAAAAACAGAUCUCGACAACCCAGUAGGCAGCCGACCACUACAACGACACAAGCUUCCUUAACUGACUCUUCACCUUUCAAUGUUGGGACUGAAAUGAAGGUGGCAGAUUUAACUGCUAAUGAAUCAUCUAAAACUGUAGCUAAAGAAACAGUUGCACCAACAAGCGCUAGCAGAGAGUUUAGAAGAAGAAGUUCUUCGGGACAGACUACUGAAUUAAUAACUCCAACGCCUUCGAGAGCCCGAGGACGUGUUAACAUACGUACUAACAUCAGAGCACUUGAUUUGGAUGUUUCAGGCACGGCAAAUGCGCUAACAAUGGCUCCUAAAGAGCCAACUACUGCGAGAACCAACGAUAUAAGAAAUCCUAGAAAAUUGAGAUAUAGGACGCGACCAUUAGAAACCGAUUCAAACUUAACAGGGGAAGGAAUUAUAUCAUAUGAAGUCAAAUCUAGUCAAACUAGAGAAAACGUUACUAGUCAACCCGAAAUGAAGUUGUUUACACCAUCGACAUCAACAACUGAAAAAAGUAUAAGACAAAAUAUAGAAAAAACAACUGUGAAGACAAGUACUACUAGAGCCACGAAAGUUGUUAAACGUCCAAUUUCCCGAGCCAAAGCAAAAGGAACUGUUACAGUGGCAAAAUCAAAAGUAUCUGAUGAAAUAGGUGAGGAUGAUAACUAUCCUCCAAAUUUUAAAGCGUUGAUUCAAGCUAAGAAUGCAUCGACACAAGCGAGCUCUCCAUCCAGCGAGAGUUUGUCAGUGAAAGCAUCACAAAAAGUAUUUAAAACUCACCCUACUUCUUCACAAUUAAUUAUCACAGCUCCUGAUACAGAAAAGCAUUCACGGCUACGCAAUAAAAAUAAGGUAGAAGAUGAAAACGAGGUUAAAAGUGAAAUUACACAAGUUGAAACAUCUACAGAUGCACCUGCAAAAGCUAAGUCUGUAGAAUAUAGACUAAGAGGAUCGUACACACCAAGAAAUAAAAAGUAUAGUACUUUUUCAACUUCUACUAGUUCUUCAAGAAGCUUUAGUCCAGUACCGCAAAGCAGUUACAAAUUCAAUAGAAAGACAACAACAACCGAAGUUCCUAAGACAGGUAACUUGCAAAAGAAUAACCGUCCUGAAAAUAAUUUGUUUAAUAAACCAGUAGUACGGUCUUCUUUAUUCCCUAGAAGAAACUCAACACGAAACUUGAAUGUAACAACAAAAGGUCUUAACAGUAUUGUUCCCAACAGAAACACGAAUGAAAAAUCUGCUAAUAUUUAUAAAUCAAAGCAAACUUUGCCCAGAACUUCCUAUUAUUCUAGAUUAAGAAGUAACGUCGCCAGUUCAACGUUAUCAACUGUAUCCAGCAUACAAGAAGUGACAGAAGCAAUGGCAGUAGCUGACAAAAAAUCUGAAAAUACUGCAGAUACUCCUAUAAUUUUCACAUUCACAAAUAAUCCUACUAAACCCUCAGAAAAUAUAGAUAGAGAAACCAAUGAAAGCAAAAAAUUUAUAAUAACUGUUAAUAGUAAAGAAUCAUUAGAAAACGGCACCGAUAACGAGGUUAUGAAGAACUCUGAGGCAAGUCAACAUAAACCCGUCAUAAAUGUGAUUAGUACUACUCAAAAGUAUCAUGCAACUUAUAAAGAGACAAAUAACGAUGCUGCUUUGGAAGAAAGAGAAGAAAAUACAGCUACAGUUCCUCCUAUAAGAAAUAUUCAAACAAGAAAAUAUAGCCGAAAAUUACUUAAACAUAGAGAUUCCACGACUCCUAGAUCCAAAGAGCGCAACUUAAAAAAAUACAGCGAAACUUUCUCUAAAACUACAGAGGCUUCAUCUAACGGCAUACAAGCAGAACAUGAAAAAAGUAAAAAUAAAUUUAGCUCUAAAUAUCGUGCAUCAUACCUCGAUAAACCGUUUUACAAACCCACUGUACCCACAGUCACUCCAUCUACUGUAGAGGGAGAAGAAACACAAUUAGGGCCAGACAUGAACAUAAUCUCUUUUUCUAAGACUGCAAGCCCACCUAUGUCAGCUGACCUUAGACUUUCCGAGAACCUGGAUAAACCGUUACAAGUCAUGAAUGUUGAGGCAUCGAAUCAUUCACCUUCAGUCACAGUAUCGAUUUUUGAUGCCCUAGCUGAUAUACUUACAUCCACACCUAAACCACGUAUUUCCUCUACAACAACAGCACCGCAAAAUCAAAAUAUUAAUAGCGAAGUUAAACUGACUCUCAACGGCGUGAGUAGCAAUAUUAAUGUAAAUAGUGUCAAAGGCUUAAAAAGCCAAGACACCGCCACUUCAACAGUUGUUGUAAACACCAUUGCUAAUUCUGUACAAACUGAACAGACUACACCAAAUGUGUUUAACCGUGUGUCGGUUGGGGGAACUACUACACCGUCACAAAUUAAUGAAAAAGAAAAUAUUUCUUCUGUGAAUACACUCACGACACUUCCUUUUCCCACUCCUUUUUCCACUACUCCUUUUACUGCAAGGAGACCAUUCGCUAUAAGAGUGCUGUAUGCAGAUACUGAUCCAACUACAGACAGAACGACUGCUAUUGUUACUUCAACUCUGCCAUCAACUGACCGCCCAACAACGGUAUAUAACAAAGUGUCCGAUCUUAUUUUAUCUAAUAAUAAACUAGUUUCUUCCGGUCUAACAAGCAUGCUUUCCGAUAAUAUAAAAAGCAUUAUACAAAAUAUGGACGAUGAUAGUAAAGCUAGACUUUCCGUGGACAUGGUAAAAUUACUUGACACAAUUAUUCCUAAAUUAUCAAGCCGAAGUAGGAGCCUCCAAGAUGACAUAGACUCUAUUCCUAAUACGACACCUUACAGUUUGGAGGAUAUUAAAGAUACAGAAAAUAUUAAAAUAAAUAUUAACGACAAUUCAAAUUUCAUGAAUCAGAAUAUCCUCCAAAGUGAUGCAACUUAUAAUAUUGUAAAUAGCACGGUAGCAAAUAGCAUUCAACUAGUACCUACUACAGUAACAACGCCUGCUGUAAAUGGCUUUUCUUCACUUGAAAACUCGGUAGAGUUAUCUGCGGCUAAUAUACAGUCAACGUCUAUUGAAUCAGCACAAAAUGUAGAUUUAUUUCCUACUACAACAUUGCCUACCACUGUUUUAUCUUCUGGUACGUCAGACAUAGGAGUUGUUACUGUAAAUACUGAUAGAAAUCCGAGUUUGAGUGUGAAUGAAGUUACUAACAAACCUGAUCCAGUACCUUUCCUGACGAAUUUUGAACUAAAUGAUUUCGAAUCUGACAUCUCAGGGAGGUUAAACUUAAAUUUAACCAAUACGUCUUCCUCAAAAUCUUUGCAACUAGAAGAAUUAGAAAAUUUAGAGAAUAUACAAGAUCCAAGUCAACUAUCGCGGCUUCAGUUAUGGAUAUUAUCAAAAAAAUCUAGAGUAUUAAAAAUGAUUGAAGAGCUUAUACGUAAUCAUAACGAAGAGAUUGCAAAUGCUUCAUUGACGGAAUUAAUAAGUGAUUCAAAUCAAAACAACGUUUCAUUAUCCAACCGUUUGACUGAAAUUGUUAAUACUAUGAGACCAGAAGUAACAACAAGUUUUCCUGACAAUAAUAACGAUAACGUACCUUCUACCGUUACAAAUACAGUAAUGACGACGACUUUUUCCUCAAUCCCAACCCUAUCUUCCUUGCAAAGUACCAUAGAUACAACUACAGCUGUAUCAACAUCUGAGGCAGAAAUUAUAUUGACAACGAUGGCAUUACCAACUCAGACUGCUUUACCUAAUUUAAUACAAAAUGAAACAAUGGCUACUGACAUAGCUGAUGCUUUCACUACUACCACAUCCAUGGCUAUUACUGAGUUAACCACAGUAGAAGGCACCUUUAGAAGUUUGUCAAUAGAAGAUACCACAAACAAUUUUGAAACAAUACAAACAACUACAACGAGUAUGCCGGAAACAACUACAUCUGAAAUAGAACCUAUAACAGAUACAAGUGUUGAUAAUGAAAACAGUUUAGAAACCACAAACACAUCAGGUAUUGAAACCACUACAGUAGCACUUUCAAGUUUGACAAAUUUGAACGGUGUAUAUAAUGUAAGCAAUCAACUCAACGUCGAUACUCCAUCUAUUCCGAAAAAAGAUUAUGUAAUUUUUGGAAUACUACCUAACAAUACAGUGGUACGUAAAGAUCCUAACGAUGACGCACUGGAAACAUUAACUGAAGCGAGCCCAUAUAUCAUUUACGGCGUACUACCAAAUAACACAGUAAUACGCAAAUUCCCUAAUGGAACUAGAGUACCACGAAUCAUGCAAAAAAUUGACAUACUACCAAUCAGUCCAUGGAGUUUAAGAAAUCCAUACAGCCCCAUCCAUAACAUUCCGGCCAUUGUCAGACCGCGGUCUAACCUUAUCCGAGUAUCCACUAAUACUGUGACCUCCACAGACACCUCAAAUAACGGAUUGGAAAUAAAAUUAACCACCGACACUGUAAAUAACCUACAAAAUACGAUUUCUUCAUCGGCACUUAAUAUAAAAGAUAGCAGUUCAUUGGGUAUAAUUACCUCCACAAAUAAGCCGCCUGCUGAAAUAAGCACUGCCUCGCAUGUUUUGAGUUUACGCACAACUACAAUGCUACCUUCUGUCGAUGAGAUUCUGCUUAACAGCAUAUCUUCGGCAACUAAAGAGGAGAUGGUCAUAUCCUCAAUGACAAGUUCUACUAGUGUACCAAGAAUAUUAACACUGGAUAUCGAUCCGGAGACAAAACAAAUCCGCACAGAAAAGCCUGAUGGUGGAAAUGGAAAUACAGUUUUCAAAUUUAUACCUAUAGAUGAAGUCACUGUAUCUUCUCAAGAAUCAAAUGUGUUAAAAUUAGCUUCUACCAAAAUGCCUAAAUUAACUACAUCUGAUGAUAUGCAAACAAGUACAACAACUUUACCUACAGAAGUGAAAACACAAACACAACAAAGACAGAAUUAUGUUAAUAUUAAUGAUUUUACUGCAAUGAAACAAAAUAACCUGGUGCCUGAAAUUCCAGUUCAAAUAACUAGUGGCAACGCAAAAACUUCUGUUGCUGCUGAAAAUUCUUUUACACCAACUACAAUAAGGACUACAUUUUCGCCAGAUGCAACAGAAUCCACUAAGGAUUCAAUGAGCACAAGUGAAAGUUCAGUUACUUUAACAACACCUUUUUCGUGGCUACCAAUGACCACUGCUAUUCCAACCGUGUCUUUGCCAGCAGUUACAACUAUGAUACCCACAACAGGAGAAUUCGUAUCUACGAACAUGCAGACCAAAACAACUGUAACUUCAGCUGCGAUCCAAAGAGAUGCAGUGCUGUUACAAUCUAUACUAGAACAACUUGAUCGUAGGCCAAAAAAUUUAAAUACUUUUAGCGGUGCAAAUCAAUCUUCACAAGGAAAUCUAUCAACAGAUAAUUCUAAAUUAUUGCAAGCCAUUUUAUUAGGUGCAACAAAUACUGAAAUUAAGCAAACACAAAGCACUACAACAAGAUCGAUUGAAGAUGAUAUUCGGCAAUUCGAAGAAGACUCAAGACUCUUAAGAGCUCUUUUGAUAGCCACUGGGCGUAAUCCCGCUGAUCUUAAUUUACCAACUUUGGAUAACAUAAAAGCAGUUGAUUCAACACCUGCGUCUACUAUAAAACCAACAACCACUACUCAAGCACCCACAACAACUACAACAACAACGACCACUACUACUACUACUUCGACUACUACACAGGUGCCAAUAACAACAAAGGCGGCUACUACUACAACAAUGGCUGCAUUAACAUUAUCACCAACUACAGUUCAAUCAGCCUCACUCAAUGACGAUUUAAGAAGAUUACAAGAAGAUACAAAACUACUACAAGCUUUAUUACAAGCUACUAAUAAACAGAAUACUGUUAAUUUACCAAUAAUAUCGGGAAUUACUUCUAAUGUUAGGUUUGCAUCAAAUCCAUUAACAACGACUUUAGGAUCAAAUCCAACAACUCCUGUUGAUGUUCGCCCUGUGUAUACAACUCGCCCAUUGUCAGAAUUUACAAAUAGUCCUGGAUCUGUCACAGUUUCUACGUUACAGCCACAGCAGUCAAGUACUGAAGAAAUCGGAAUAUCUACUACAUUCCGACCUUUUAACCAGAGAGCAUCCACUACGCAACGUAGUGUAGGUGGUUCAAGCACGACGCGACGCGCUCAGCCAACAAGAGUCACUGUGACAACCGAGAUACCUAGUACGUCUACGUUUUCAGACGAAGAAGAUUUGCUUUUCUUACAAAAUUUGAAAUCUGUGUUAAGCUCACAAAACGGUGACGUAGAUCCUGAAACAGCGCUUGCUAAUCGAGUCAUAGCACUUGCGGUUGAAAGAAGUUUAAACGAGAUACAAGGUGAAACGUCUGAAACUUCUACAACUGGAAGACCAACUACUACUACUAGGCCAACAACAACGAGACCUACAACAACUAGGCCUACAACAACUAGACCUACAACAACCAGAAGAACGACUACUACACAGCGAACGACUACGACUCCGCAAAUACCUCCUUCAUUAGAAGCAGAUAUCAAACAAUUCGAAGAAGACACUAAACUAUUGCAGGCAUUAUUGAAGGCAACUGGACAAGAUCCAUCCAAAUUUAAUAUUCCAGCUCUUCCGAAUACUAUUAAGGUGGUGCCCACUAUUGUAACCUCCAAUAAUGCUAUUACAACAACGAGUAAGCCAUAUGGAGCAAAAAUAGCUGUGAAAGAUGAUCUCAAAAAUGAGCAAGAUGAUGCCAAGUUACUUCAAACAUUAAUUAAGCUGCAAGACGCACAAGAAACUACUACGCAAAAAGGGAAAAUUGCUCUCACAGGUCAAACAAGUGAUGAAGCAUUAAAGAAGUUAAUAAAUGCUCAACCAGCUGGAAUGGUACCCGAAGCAACAAAAUCAUCAAUUUCGUUGAGUACUGAGUACGGAAAUAGCAAUGAUGCUUUGUUGGCGGCGCUGCUGAAAGAGCAAGGAUUCGGACCAACAACGGCAAAUUCUUUGGAUGAACAACUUCGACUCUCGGCUUUACUGAACCAAGUGGUAGUGACACCGAAGGCUAGACGCACAACGACAACACCGCCACCUCCAGUGCCUCGGAGACCAAUUUUAGAUGGCCUCGCAUGGCUAUGGCAGCAAUGGAGAGAGACCGCUCCUGGUUCUGGUGAACCAAGACCUAACAGAAGGCCUGCACCUUCAGCCAGACCUUCGGUUACGCCUUCGGAAGCAACAAGUUCUAGAGUCAAUUGGUUUGGCUCUGGGCCUUUCGUUGGCAACGCAGACGAAAGGCCAUCAUCAAACAGAAUACCUUUGGAGCCACCAAGUUCAGUGACUUCGGAUGGAGGGCCUGGUAGAGGACAGCUUGUGUCAGCAGCUAUUAAUAUGACGAGGGCAUUGUCACAGUUCCUAGGAGCUGCUAUACAGGGAGCAGCACAGACGGUACAGAGCGUCAUUCGCGCGGGUCAGAGGGCAGCCACAGACGCUUACACGAAUGGAUCUGGGUAA